GUUGGUCAAGUCAAAGGACUCUUGAACGGACCAUCACCUGCAAUUCACCCUGAAAUACACCACCACCACCAACAACAGCACGCAUAUAACUGCCUGCCAGUGGAAACCAAUACUCAAACGAAAGCAGAAAUCCUGAAUGCGACCAAGCUACUGAAGUCUGAGAAAGCAGCAGGACCAGAUGGAAUACCCCCUAAAUUACUGUAAACGGACCCGAGACUGCAGCAAAUGUGCUCAUGCCACUAUUGCAACAGGUUUGGAAUGAAGGAAAGGUGCCUACCGAUAAGCUGCCUUAACAAGCUACCAAAGAAGGGCGAAUCAGGCCCCUGCACCAACUGGCGUGGAAUAAUGUUCCUGUCCACACCAAGUAAAGUGCUAAGUCGUGUCAUCAUGGAGAGAAUAAAAGAUGCACUGGAUACAGUCAGCCCGCCUGAACUAGCUGGAUUCAGGAAAGGCCAAUCAUAUACUGAUCGAAUUGCUACUCUACGUAUCGUCAUCACAGAACAAAGCAUAGAAUGGCAGUCAAACCCUCUACCUCAACUUCAUUGACUUCGAAACGGCCUUUGACAGAGUGUUGACCGAUAAGUAAUUUGGCGACUACUUCAACACUACGGCGUGCAUUUCUCAAAUAUUCCUCAACCUCAUUCAACAGCUGG